AUGAGCGACGUCGCAGCACAGGCCCAGGGAGUCCCUCUCCCUCCUCCCACUGAACUGCAACCACAAUCUCACGCCGCCUCGACACCUGUACAACUACCACCAACACCACCUGAGACCGUGUAUGACGAAGACAGCAAGUCUACAACAUCAGAUAAGCCAGAUUUUGCGCUGCCACCACCAUCCACAACACCGCCAAAAGUUCUCGAUAUCGACAAGCCAACACCAGAUUCGCAUGUCCCAAGAGAUCCGAGAUUGAUUCGGUUGACGGGUGUUCAUCCCUUCAAUGUUGAGGCGCCACUGAGCGAUCUUUACAACGAAGGCUUCCUGACGAGUCCGGAACUAUUUUACGUCCGGAAUCAUGGUGCGGUACCGGAAGUGCAGGACAACGAGUGUUUGGACUGGGAGUUCUCGGUUGAAGGCUUAGUAGCAAAUCCGUUGAAGAUCACACUACGGCAGUUGCUGGACGAGUACGAGAACGUGACGUAUCCUGUCACACUAGUCUGCGCGGGCAACAGACGAAAAGAGCAGAACGUCGUCAGAAAGAGCAAGGGGUUUUCAUGGGGCGCCGCUGGACUUUCGACAGCUUUAUUUACGGGUGUUGUGAUGAAAGAUAUAAUUGAGCGAGCAAAGCCUCUACGAAGAGCGAAGUAUGUUUGCAUGGAAGGUGCGGACAAGCUGCCUAACGGGUAUUACGGCACAUCUGUCAAGUUGAACUGGGUUAUGGAUCCUAAUCGUGGCAUCAUGCUUGCGCACAAGAUGAAUGGCGAGAUGCUGAGACCAGAUCACGGGAAGCCUUUGCGAGCAGUCAUUCCUGGUCAGAUUGGUGGAAGAAGUGUGAAGUGGCUAAAGCGAUUGAUUGUUACAGCUGAGCCAAGUGACAACUGGUACCACAUCUACGACAACCGAGUACUUCCCACAAUGGUCGAUCCGGACGAGGCAGCAAAGAACCCGAAGUGGUGGAUGGACGAUCGAUAUGCCAUCUACGACUUGAGCCCUAACUCAGCGAUCGCCUUUCCAGCACACGAUGAGAAACUCGCUCUCAGCUCGGCACCAGAAACGUACAAAGUGCGUGGGUAUGCUUACAGUGGAGGCGGACGCCGUGUAACGCGAUGUGAGGUCUCUCUGGACAAGGGUAAAACCUGGCGUCUAGCAAACAUCGAUUAUGCAGAGGACAAGUACCGUGCGUACGAAGACCGCCAACUCUACGGUGCCCGCCUGGAUAUGGACUGGCGUGAAGCGAGUUUCUGCUGGUGUUUCUGGAAUCUCGACAUUGCAGUUGCGGAACUCAAAGAGACAGACGAUAUCCUGAUUCGAGCGAUGGAUGAGUCCAUGUGCCUUCAGCCGAGAGACAUGUAUUGGAGCGUACUGGGCAUGAUGAACAAUCUCUGGUACCGGAUAUGCAUACAUAAAGAGCAGGACGGGUCACUAAGAUUUGAGCAUCCAACUCAACCUGCUUUGAUGCCUGGCGGUUGGAUGGAGAGAGUCAAGAAGGCGGGUGGAAACCUGACGAACGGGUACUGGGGCGAGAAGAUUAAUGGCGAGGAAGCGGAGCAUGCUGCCAUCGAGGAAGUGAAGGAAAUCAAGAUGACAAAAGACGGCCUUGACAAGGAGAUAUCACUCGACGAACUGAAGCAGCACGAGGGUGCGGAGAAUCCCUGGUUUGUCGUCAAUGGUGAGGUGUACGACGGCACGGCGUUUCUGGAGAAUCACCCAGGUGGCGCGCAAAGUAUCGUCAGCGCUGCAGGUUUGGACUCUUCGGAUGAGUUUAUGGCAAUUCAUAGCGAAACGGCCAAGGCAAUGAUGCCAGAGUAUCACAUUGGAAGCCUCGACGAAGCAUCCCGCAAAAUCCUUGGUGAGGGCGAGCCCGUCUCUGAAUCUAGCGGACCGCGCCCCGUUUUCCUGGACUCAAGAGUAUGGAACAAAAGCCUCCUCCACUCAAAGAAACAAGUCUCAUGGGACACCCGCAUCUUCACCUUCAAGCUCGACCACGACACGCAAACCCUUGGUCUGCCCACCGGUCAACAUCUUAUGAUCCGGCUGCGCGAUCCCGUCACCCGCGAAGCCAUCAUCCGCUCCUACACACCGAUCUCCGAAACCACAAAGAAAGGUUACUGCGAAGUUCUCAUCAAGAUCUACGCAAAGACAGCAGGGCACGAAGGUGGGAAAAUGACACGCGCCCUGGACUCCAUACCCGUAGGUCACUGGGUGGAUUUCAAGGGCCCGAUUGGAAAGUUCGAGUACCGCGGACGCGGCCUCUGCCUUGUCAACAACAAGCCCCGCAACGUGAAGCGGUUCUUCAUGAUCUGCGGUGGGAGUGGCAUAACGCCCAUCUUCCAGGUCCUACGCGCUGUUAUGCAGGAUAAGGAGGAUCCGACAACUUGUGUCCUGCUAGAUGGGAACCGACUCGUGGAAGACAUCCUGUGCAAAGAGGAUUUGGACGUCUUCGCCAGGGAGAACACGGAUAGGUUGAGGUUGUUGCACACACUUACACAGCCGCCGGAGGAGUGGUCGGGAUUGAAGGGGCGCAUCGGGGCACCGCUCCUGAAAGAACACUGUGUCAAGGAGGCAAUGGAGGAUAGUUUGGUGCUGGUUUGUGGGCCUGAGCCGCUGGAGAAGAGCGUCCAGGUUGCGUUGGGGGAGAUGGGAUGGCAGGAUGACGAGUUGUUGUUCUUCUAG